AAUUAGAGUGUAAAAUGAAAAAUUAUGUGAAAGUUGAAGGCUAAAAGUCAAAACAGAAAAAGAUUAAGGGUAGUUUGUGACUUAUCAACGAAGCUGUCAUAAAGGGAAGUCUCCGUUCUAAUAAAAUCAAAUAGAAGUGGAAAAGCCUGCCUGGGUGCAUCAAUUCCUGUACUGCAAAAGCAAACACAUAAAAAUUAAAAAAAAAAAAAAAAACUCAAAUUCUUUCAGCUUCAAACUUUUUUAUUUUCAGGCUUUUUUUUGGUGGGUGGUUUGGUUUAGAGAAUGACGAGUGAGAGUAAUAAGGCCAUUAAUGUCUUUUCAACCCCAACGUUCUCGUCUUGUUUGUCACCUUUUGCCUGUCCGUUCACUAUCAGCAACCCUCUCAAUCGCCAUGGAUCCUUAAACCCUGUACUUGUUUCUUCUUCUUCUUCUUCUUCUUCUUCAUGUUCUUUCUGUCUUGAUCAUCCAUUUCCCUACCAGAGUAUGGGUGGUCAAGGUAAUCAUGGCUACUAUGCCAAUCACUCUGAUGCUACCUCUGAUACUACCUCUGAUACUACUUUCCCCUGUGUUGAUAACCUUGACUUUGAACACAAUUCUUGUUUUGCAUACUACCCGUUGGAGGAACCUCCAGUUCAUACCCAUUUCACUCUGCCCCCUCUUCAAUCUUCUCAAACUGGUAGUUCUUCAAGCUUGGGCAGUGUGAGCCAGAGUGGGUUAAAAGUCACUGCUGUGGAUCAACAAGGGCGAGAAAUCCCCCACAACAAGGAUCAGAUUAGAAGUGCUGGUUCCUUGUCUUGCAAUAACCUGCUUGAACAAGGUACUAUUGUUGAAGGAUCAAAACUUCUUAGUGAAACAUCUUCUGUUUUGCAUGGAAAAGGCAGUGUGGCCGUAGGAAAAGAUAAUCAAAUUAAACCUGAAGACAAGGAGACAAUACAUACUGAAAGUGGUAUUUUUGAAAUGGCUAAUACUAAGGUAAAUUUCUUGAACGAAUGUAUGACACAGCGAUUUUCAGUAUCAUCGGAUUUGUCCUUUCCUCCCAGACCUCAAGAUACUCAAAGUCAACUGUCAUUCUCAGCCCCAUUAAUGACUUGGAUUCAUUCUGGUUCAAAUAUUAUUACCAAUGAGAGAUGUUUUCCACAUCUUGAUUCUUGUGGAGCUGAAACUCUGGUUUCAUGUGCACCGGAGCAUUUUUCUUAUUCAGCUCAAAUUUUCAAUUCAUCAAGUGCUAGUUCCAAUCCUGCAAUUGUUAGUCCUGUUCCAUUAGAGAAUGUAGCUUCUGGCGACACUUCCGCAGUCAGCAACAGGGAUUAUUAUUUUGGCUUUCUUUUGCCUAGCAUGAUCAAUGCCGAUAUGGUGCAGAAUCCUGUAGACAAUGUGGCUUGCAAUGACCAAGUCAUAACAGAAAAAGGUGAAAAAAGAAAGAUUCUUGAACCUGGCAACAAUGGGACUAAAAAUCCCUCUAUUGUGGAAAAAUCCAAGCUUCAAAUUGCUUGUUUCAAUGUUCCUGAAGACUUAACUCUGGAGCAGCAUGGUGCUAAAGCAGGUAUAACUGAUGAUAAAUCUUCCACCAACCAUGAUGAUUCUGAUAUAGAUUCACCUUGCUGGAAAGGAGCCCAGGCUUAUAAAUCUCCUCUCAGAGAUUCAGUGCCUGUAGAUUCAGAUGAUUCUGAGGGUCAAUCUCCAGCAAGAGUUCCAGUGCCUCUGAAAUCUGAACAUUCUAAGAAUGAAAAAGUAGCAUGUAACAGUUUAAAUCCUCUGGCGCCCAAGUUUAUUCCUGGAAAUUCUAAACAUAAGGUGGAUUACCAUCAGAAGGAAUGUCAUGCAGAUAGUUCCUCAUCUUUUCACAAGAUUGCUGCUUUAUCUGUUACUUCUUCAUCAGGGGAACACAAAUUAAUAGAUUCUGUUAAAGCAGGUACAUGCCCUUCAGAAAGGAUCAAAGAUGUAGGAAUCAAGUGUUCUAAUCAUGCCUGUGAUUCAAGAAAGGAAUAUGGUGUUCCCUACACGUCAUUUAGAAGUUCAGCAGUAAAUUCUUCUUGCGGUUUUCAGCCAUAUCUCAGGGAAGAGUAUGUUACAUCUGAAAAUCAGCUUAUGAGAGGCACAAGUGUUACUGAUUCCAAGGAGGGUAAUUUGGAUGCAAUACACAAAGGGUUGGAUAGUGUUGAGGACAUAGCACAUAAUGGGCCAAAUGCUAGCAUCUCUUUCCUUACAUCAGAAACUGGCUUGAAUUCACAUUCCAUUGGAGUUGGUGUUUUUUCUGAUUUUACUGAAAGACUUGAAGAGCCAUCAAGGUCUAGACCUCCCAACAUAAAUGUUAAAUUAAUGAUGAAUACAAUCCAAUAUUUGUUGGAGUUGCUUCUAGAGAAUUCUUCAUUUGAUUUAGGUUCAAUGAGCAAGCAUGAGUGUGAUAAGCUCCUAAAUAUAAUCUACAACCUUUACAUUAUUAGAAAUAAGGCUGGUCAAAUGAGUGUAAGGCCUGAAUCAAGUGAUGCAUGCGCUUUAUAUGGUCAGACACAACCAUCUGAAGACUUAACUCCGAAGCAACAUGGUGCUAAAGCAGUUAUACCUGAUGAUAAAUCUUCCACCAACCAUGGUGAUUCUGAUGUAGAUUCACCUUGCUGGAAAGGAGCCCUGGCUUAUAAAUGUGCGCUAAGAGAUUCAGUGCCUGUGAAUUCAGAAGAUUCUGAGGGUCAAUCUCCAUCAAGAGUUUCAGUGCCUCUGAAAUCAGAACAUUCUAAGAAUGAAAAAGUGGCAUGUAACAGUUUAAAUCCUCUGGCGCCCGAGUUUAUUCCUGGAAAUUCUAAACAAAAAGUGGAUUACCAUCAGAAGGAAUGUCAUGGAGAUAGUUCCUCAUCUUUUCACAAGAUUGCAGCUUUAGCUGUUACUUCUUCAUCAGGGGAACACAAAUUAAUAGAUUCUGUUAAAGCGGGUACAUGCCCUUCAGAAGGGAUCAAUGAUGUAGGAAUCCAGUGUUCUAAUGAUGCCUGUGAUUCAAGAAAGGAUCGUGGUGUUCCCUACACGUCAUUUAGAAAUUCAGCAGUAAAUUCUUCUUGCAGUUUUCAGCCAUAUCUCGGGGAAGAGUAUGUUACAUCUGAAAAUCAGCUUGUGAGAGGCUCAAGGGUUGCUGGCUCCAUGGAAGGUAUUUUGGAUGUAAUACAUAAUGGGUCGGAUAGUGUUGAGGAGAUGGCACUUAGUGAGCCAAUUCCUAGCAUCUCUUUCCUUGCAUCAGAAAUUGGCUCAAAUUCACGUUCCAUUGGAGUUCAUGUUUUUUCUGAUUUUACUGAAAGACUUCAAGAACCAUCAAGGUCUAGAGCUCCCAAAAUAGAUGUUAAAUCAAUGAUUAAUACAAUCCAAUAUUUGUUGGAGUUGCUUCUACAAAAUUCUUCAUUUAAUUUAUGUUCACUGAAUGAGCAUGAGCAUGAUGAGCUCCAAAAUAUAAUCAAUAACUUUUAUGUUAUCGGAAAUAAGGCUGGUCAAAUGAGUGUAAGGCCUGAAUCAAGUGAUCCCUGCACUUUUAACGGUCAGAUACAACCAGUUGAAGACUUAACUCUGGAGCAACAUGGUGCUAAAGCAGGAAUACCUGAUGAUAAAUCUUCCACCAAUCAUGAUGAUUCUGAUAUAGAUUCACCUUGCUGGAAAGGAGCCCUGGCUUAUAAAUGUCCACUCACAGAUUCAGUGCCUGUGAAUUCAGAAGAUUCUAAGGGUCAAUCUCCAUCAAGAGUUUCAGUGCCUCCGAAAUUAGAGCAUUCUAAGAAUGAAAAAGUGGCACCUAGCAGUUUAAAUCCUCUGGCGCCCAAGUUUAUUCCUGGAAAUUCUAAACAAAAAGUGGAUUAUCAUCAAAAGGAAUGUCAUGGAGAUAGUUCCCCAUCUUUUCAGAAGAUUGCAGCUUUAGCUGUUACUUAUUCAUUAAGGGAACACAAAUUAAUAGAUUCUGUUAAAGCAGGUACAUGCCCUUCAGAAAAGAUCAACGAUAUCGGAAUGCAGUGUUCUAAUGAUGCCCGUGAUUCAGGGAAGGAGUGUGCUGUUCCCUACAAGUCAUUUACAAGUUCAGCAGUAAAUUCUUCUUGCGGUUUUCAGCCAUAUCUCAGGGAAGAGUGUGUUACAUCUGAAAAUCUGCUUGUGAGAGGCACAAGUGUUGUUGGCUCCAAGGAAGGCAUUUUGGAUGCAACACAGAAUGGGUUAGAUGGUGUUGAGGACAUAGCACAUAAUUGGCCAAAUACUAGCUUCUCUUUCCUUGCAUCAGAAAUUGGCUUGAAUUCACAUUCCUUUGGAGUUGGUGUUUUUUCUGAUUUUACCGAAAGACCUCAAGAGACAUCUAGGUCUAGAGAUCUCAUAAUAGAUGUUAAAUUAAUGAUUAAUACAAUCCAGUAUUUGUUGGAGAUGCUUCUACAGAAUUCUUCAUUUGAUUUAGGUUCACUGAGUGAGCAUGAGCAUGAUAAACUCCUAAAUAUAAUCAAUAACCUUUCUGUUAUCAGAAAUAAGGCUGGUCAAAUGACUGUAAAGCCUGACUCAAGUAAUCCAUGCACUUUAUAUGGCCAGACAGAAGCAGCUGAUCACCAUGAGGUGACAAAGGUGAAGGAUAAAGCUGUUUUACAUGAUCAGGAAAUGCACCAGUUGCCUGCUCCUAUGUUAAGUAGUAGAAUGCUGUAUUCCUUUUAUCAAAGCAAUGAUGAUGAAGGCUUCAGGAGGGGCAAUGACAUCAGUCAGGUUAUUGAGAAGGAUGCAAAAGUCAUUCGUUCAAUCAAGCAUGAAAUGCCACCAGAAGCCUUACAUAUAGGAGAUUGUGGCUUGAGGCUAAAACAGCUUUAUAUCUAAUGAAGUAUCAAGCGCGUGCCUUGCACAUGAAAUCAGAGCUAUACAGAUGCUGAUCAAAAUAAAGUUUAUUUACUUUAGCUCAAUCCCGAAAUAUCUUCCCUUUCAAAAUUACCUUUGUACUCUCACAUUUUCACACUAGUGCAUUAUGAUGGGAGGCUAUGGCUAGUAGACAUCUAUUUGUAGGACUAUCUUUAUAACUAAUUUUCAUUAUUUUGGCAGUUGUAUAGAGCCCGUGAUAUAACAUGUAGGGUCAAUGAAUCAAAGUAUGUGUGGAAGGAGGAUAUUUUGUGCAUGGUUAAUAAAUAUAAUUGAGAAACUGUGAUACAUUGAGAAUGGGGUGAAGCCUUGGAUGGAAGCUCCUGCCUUGGACCUGCAAGAUUCAAGACCUGCAAGCUGCUGGAUUUUGAGUUUAAUGUUCGUUUAAAAGUCAUUACCCUAACACACAAGGAUAGAAAGCCUCAGCGUAACAGUUCAAUCAUUUAUAAGCCACCAGAUUUUGAGUGUCUGGUGAUAAUCUGCUGUAGAAAAGCAUCGAGGAAAUCACCCCAAGGUUCACCAUUGCUGUGGAUAUACACUAAGCUUGUAGCUAAAUACUGGAAGGUUUGUGAUAUACUUUUAAAUAUGGAUAUACACACUUAGUUUGUGGCAAAAUCCUGUUUGUGAUGUACUUUUAAAUGUUAGUUUGCAAGUUAAUACUCAGUUGGCUAUUAUUAGGAAAAAAAAAAAAAACCUGGCUCUGGCUUUGGUCCUGUGACUAGGCCCAUUGCAUGUCAGAACUUUUUGGUCGGCUUACCUGGUGGGUUUUGUACCAUCUUAUCCACAAUGAACAACGCUGUUGUACCUGGUGGUCCUUGGUUCCUUGCUUGAUCAACAUUCACUUAAAGGGCUGGGGGCCCAGUUUUGCCUUCUAUAUGCGAAUUCGCCUAUUAAGCUUGUAGCUUGAUGGUGGUGGCCUGGUGGGCAAAGUGGGCUACACCAUAACUUGUCCAGGUUGA